UACAACAACAAGUGGUCUGUCUCUAUUUAAACUUUAGCCACUAUCAAAACUUUCAGGUGUCCUAAUGGAGGGUAAAAUUGUAAUUGAUCUUCUUCCACCUCCCAACUAUGAUGAAGGUCUCUUUGCCAAUGGUCUCAAGGACUUAAGAAAUGUGAAAGAACAGUUGUAUUCAGCUGCAGAUCAUUUUGAAGAUUCGUAUUACAAGAAUGAUCAGAAACAAAUGUUGUUUGAAAGCUUAAAGAACUACAUCUCCAAAUCUCUCAUUAAAACCAUAGACCAUUUGGGGUCUGUCAUGUAUAAACUCAACAACUUUCUAGAUCACAAUGUCAAUGAAGCUUCCAGACUAAACCUUCGAGUCUUAUGCAUUGAACAGAGGUUACAAACAUGUCAAGCAUAUGCUAACAAAGUUGGAUUAUAUCAAUACUUAGAGACUACACAGACACCCAAGUGUCCUAAGAAGUACACUCUCCCAGAGGGUUGUGUUUUUGAAGGAAAGGCUGAGUCAUUUGGUGUAAGCAGAAAGGGGCAUUCUGGACAAUUCCCACCAGGUUCGGUUGACUUUUCAUUUAGAAAGGCUGCAUUGAACAAAAGAAUAGAAAAACGAUCAAGAUCAAUUUCACCAAAUCCAUUCCGGAUUAAGCGAUCAGAGUCUGCAUCUUGUGCUCAUCGAUCCAUGAGUCCAAACAUAUCGAGAAGAUCUUGUUCAUCGUAUCCACAAAGAGAAAGAACAAAAGAUAUGGAAGCCUACUCUAAGAAAUCGAGAAAUCUUUUCAAAGUGUUGCUAAACAUGUACAAGUCAAAGAAUAAGGCGUAAAAAGAUCCUG